GGGCAACAUCUUUAAACAGUCGCUAUCAGUAGCUGUGGAAUAUAAAGGAAUAUACAUACAAAAUCUAUAUUCAAGAAAACAGAAACGAAAAACAUGGCCAAGUGGCUUUUGGGCCUUUGGUUGGUGCUCCUCCUGUAUAAUGGGCAUGAGGCGAAUGCUUAUCAUUCUGGCGGCUACCGGACGACAGGCAGCGAUCAAUCGGAACAAGUCGGGUUAUCGGCAGGCCACUCGACGCACGGGAACAUUCAAGAGCAGCCCAUCUACGAACGACCAUCGGGUGGAGGAGGCGCAGGAGGAGCAUGUCCGCCGCAGUUCUCGGGUGUGGUGGCCUAUCCCUAUGACUGCCAUCGCUAUGUAAACUGCCACCAUGGCAGUCCCACCAUCCAAACCUGUGCACCCGGCACACUGUUUAAUGCCCAAACAUUGGUCUGCGAUCAUCCCAGCAAUGUGGCAUGUGCAGCGCCAGCGGCAGCUCAGCCAAAUCGAUCAGCGCGUCUGAGGGAACUCGAUGCAGAGCCGAGAUGUACGCCUGGAGUGAUUGGCUUGCAGCCACAUCCCACGGAUUGCACAAAGUUCCUCAACUGCGCCAAUGGACAAGCCUUUGUGCAGGACUGCGGACCGGGCACGGCAUUCAGUCCAUCCGCCCUCAUCUGUGUCCACAAGAGCACCGUCGACUGUGGCGCAGGAGCAACCGGACAGGGCUACCCACAAGUCUCCUCGGAGGUUCCCAGCUGUCCCCCCGGUCUGCGUGGCCUUCAUCAGCAUCAUCAUGAUCCGCAGAAGUAUCUGGUUUGCGGCAUUGGUGUUCAAGCGAGGGUGGAGACAUGUCCCCAUGGGCACAUCUUCGAUGCCCACCAGUUGGUAUGUGUUUUUUCAGCCUCCUCUGCCCAGUCGUCGUCCUCUGCUGCUUUCGCUUCUGCCGAGCAUCACUUAAGGGAUCUACUGUGCCCUGCUGGCGCGAAUGGUCUCUUUGUACAUCCCUUCGAUCAGACGAGAUUCCUGAAUUGCAAAGACGGCAAAGUGGCCGUUCAGAGCUGUCAGCCGGGCUUUGUGUUCAGCAUAUCCAAGGGCUAUUGUCAGCUGAAAUCUCAGUUGGUCUUCAGCGAUUAUGUGACUUUAAUUAUCUCUGAGGUCAGCUUUGAGUAUUGUAAGUCCCCCAUUCGGUCAGACUCUCAAUCAUCUUUCUUAACCUUUUACCCUCUCUCAGCUCUGAUGCUUACCGCAUGUCCUGGUGGCUUAGAAGGCCUUCAUCUGUAUCCCUAUGAUGCGGGAAAAUAUGUUCGCUGCUCCGCCAACGGGCAAAUGUCCAUCCUCGAGUGUGGCCCACAGUUGGCCUUCAGUUUGUCGCAAAGAGAAUGUCGGCCGCGUCAUCAAGUGUACAUUGGGGAUCGUGUGAGGUUUUGGCAGGAAUUAGAAGUUCAGACGACGGGCUAUAAUUAUCAGGAAACGCAGAGUUCAGCUCUGGUAUCCCUGCUCAAAGCUUGUCCCCUCAAUCUUCAGGGCAACUAUCCCUAUCCCUUCCAUGCCGGGCACUUUGUCAAGUGUCAGAAUGGCCAGCUCCAGGUGGAAUGUUGUCCAACUGGCUUUGUGUUCAGUCUGUCCCAGCGGGUGUGUGCCGCCCGUCAUCUUCUCCCUGCCCAUGACUAUUUGGAUUACGAUUAUCUCAGCGUUGAGUUCUCCACUGACUUUAUGCAGGAUCUUACCAUGAUCACGUGUCCUCCCCGUAGCCAGGGCUAUUACUUGCAUCCCUUUGACUGCACCAAGUAUGUCAUCUGCUGGGAUCAACAGGCAGCCAUCGAGAGCUGCAAGAAGGGCGAAGUGUUUAGCAUCUCGCAGCAGCUGUGCGUGGCCAGGGACAAGGUGACGGCGGCCUACGAUCGCGUGGAGUAUCUGAGCGAAACGCAGCACGAACUGAGCGAAGAGGCGGAAGUGGAGAUGCCAAACGGGCCUGGCAGAGGCUACCCACUUCCACUUGAUGGUGGUUAUCAGCCACAGCCUUCAGGAGUGCCAUUGAAUGGGGGAUAUCAGCCUCGACCUUCAGGACAGCCACUGGAUGGCAGAUAUCAGCCACAGCCUUCAGGAGUGCCAUUGAAUGGGGGAUAUCAGCCUCGACCUUCAGGGCAGCCACUGGAUGGCAGAAAUCAGCCACAACCUUCCGGAGUGCCAUUGAAUGGGGGAUAUCAGCCUCGACCUUCAGGACAGCCACUGGAUGGCAGGUAUCAGCCACAACCUACCGCACCUGCACUCGAUGAAGCCUACGGACAAUCGCAGGGCAGAGGUUUCUCCGAGGUCGGUGUUUACCCGCCACAAACAUAUCCUGGAAGCGGCUACCCACCUACCGGAGGAUACCCGUCACAAGCAACUGGACCGCCCUUUGACGGAGGUGCCGCCUAUCGGCCCGCGUCCGCUGCCUUGACGUGUCCACCCCAAGCCACUGGCCUGUUCCCCAAUCCCUUCGAUGCCAUGGGCUAUCUGCACUGCAUGGAGGGACACACGCUGACAAGGAGAUGCUUCAGCAGCGAUAUCUUUAGCAUUUCCCGCGGCUUUUGUGUGCCUCACGAGCAGGUGGCCAGCUGGGAUCGCAUACCGUACAACCAGCAGAGAUCCGUGGAGCAGGCUGGCUUUGUGCGAUGUCCUGUGGGUGCCAGUGGCUACUUCGUGUAUCCUUUCGACUGCACAAAGUUCCUGAGCUGCGGCCCGAAUGGCAUGGUGCUGACCAGCUGUCCGGCAGAGCAACAUUUCAGUGUCUUCCACGGGCUGUGCCAGCCCAAGGAGCAGGUGAAGCGCGAGGAUCGACUCUACACAAACACCGAGCUGUCGAUCAUCUACGAGUGGACGCAGCAAAUGAAAGCCGAGGGCGCCAUACCCGUCUGUCCCGUAGGCAUCAGUGGCUCGCUGCCACAUCCGCGGAUUGCCAGCAAGUUCUUCCGUUGCCAGCCGGGGCAGGCCGAGAUCUACGACUGUCCGAGUGGACAGAUUUUCAGCAUUUCCCGUCGCUUGUGCGAGCCAGAUGCCGAGGUGCCCAGCCACGAUCGCUGUGACUAUAUCGUCAGGGGUGAUGGCGAAAGGGAAACCUCCUCCUCCUCUUAUGGGUGGCGGGAUCAGCCGAAUGACAAUCGACAGUCCAAGUCGUACACGACAGCUGGGCAGGAUCCGUGGGGCAAUCAUUAUGUGGCGAGGACAACGACCACAACGAGGGUCGUUGGCGAUGGUGAUCGUUGGAGGGACAUGAACAUGCAGCGUCCUGCGGGCAUUGGCUUCCAACACAGUCCCCAGUAUCAUGCGAAUCAGGCGCAGGGCUGGUCCGGCCAGGGCAGCUCCUACGACCAUCGUUCACCCACUCAGAGUGUGCUCUAUGUGGAGGGAUCGCUACAGCCCAACCGUAAUUAUCCUACAUCUAAGACUCCACUGGCGCCCAGCACUCCUCUGGCACCCAUGGCGCCCAACACUCCUGGCCAGGUGGUCUACGCGGUGCCCGUUGAGGAGGAACCUGCUCCUGCACCCAUUCCGUCGCGCCACAACUACAGUCCCAGAGUGGAGAACAGCAGAUGGCAGCCCAUUCCCCCAAAGCAAACACCCAACCAAUCAAUGCCUCCACUUGCUCCACUCGGCGGACAACAACCCCUGGACCUUGACUACACGCCGGACGAUCGACCGACCUACAAUCCGUACCAGCCUAGUGGCAGGGAACUCCAUUCCAGGGCACACUUAGCAGGACAGCAACCAAUCGACUUGGACUACGAUCCCCAAGAGCCUCAGGCCUAUCCGCGUGCACCCAGUCGGGGUUUGCUGCCACCCAAACAGGACAACGAUCAGCUGCCAAGUGAAUCGCAUCAGAUAGACACACGUUUCAAUCCAAGUGCCCCACGGCAGCCCCCUAAACCCACUCCCAGCAGCCCACUUCCAGCAGCUCCUUCCGAUGAAUCGAAUCUCUAUGGUGGCUUGCUGCCGCCCAAUCCCAGUCCGCUGACCACAACAACAAAGAAACCCUCCACGCUGCACGUGUUUCCCAUUUAUCCUCGCAUAGCUAAUGCCUCGGUGCCUCUGACUAGCAGGGGCAGUGGCAGUCAGCCUCAUUAUAGUCCCUCCUAUGCGGGCAUUGCCCAUUCGCGUAAUGCCUCCUGGGCCAAGGGGUCCUCAGCGACAACCAGUACAACAACAGCACGACCUGACGAUUCCAGCAUUGAAGAGGAUAACGAUUAUGAAGAGGAACUUGAUUAUGAGGCAAACGAUCGACCAAGGCCUUAUUGGCUUCCAGAGACGACCACAACCGCCAGAAGUGGCUAUGCGCCGCCUCCCUUUAAUCAUAAGUUUUACAGUCCUUCCGAACAGGCACCCACAACGCCUCAAUCAGUCUCCCAGCGAGCCACAACGCCUGAUCCUGUGUCCCAGCUGGCCAUCAGUGAGGCGCUAAAGCUGAUGCUGCGUCCCUACUUCAACCACAGUGGCAAUGCUCAGGAGCGGCAGGCAAAGCAGGCAGAAUUGGCAUUAGUUUCUGUGAUAAGCAAACCCCCAACGAGCACUAGCACGACCACGACAACUACAACGACAACUCCAAACCCUGUUAGAUUAGCGACAACAACAGCCAAUCCGGACGAUGACGCUGAACUGAUUAAAGCCGGGGAACAGGAGAGCUUGGACCUAACUGACGACUCUGACUCUGAUUUUGCAGAUGCUGGGGAAACGGCCCAUACCGAGCAGACCUUAGAUCCCACCACGUACCGAUCACAGACCGAUUACCAGCGGAGCACACGCCGUGCGGCAAUCGAGACAACGACAGUCAAUUGGCACGCGUCCGGUCACAGUCGUGACUUUCACAGACGUCAUCCAAAUCCAAAUCUACUCAAACCGCACUCGCUGCACCAAAAACACAACCACAACCAUCUGCCCCCUCACUCCCCACAUCAGCACAGACACCACGAGCAUAGUCCCGACUUUCAUCGUCGUCAUCCAGAGAUGCCCAAUCCCUUUGCCAAUAAAGACAAGCCAGCUGAGUGGGAAGCGCCUGAAGACCCGCAGCAGCCGCAGGAGGAGAACAGCUGGGAGCUGCUGUCCAAUCCGAAUGCCGAGUCAGCCACACCCAAGAUCGGCGUGCGAAGCUCCUUCAGUGACAGCUGCGAAUUCGAUUGCCAGAAUGGGAACUGCGUGACGCUGGACUCGGUCUGCGAUGGCUUCAAUAACUGCGGCAAUCGCAAGGAUGAGAGCAACUGCCAGCACUUGGGCUACGAGGUGCGUCUAACUGGCGGCGAGAAGCCACACAUGGGUCGCAUAUCUGUUAAAGUCAAUGGCAAGUGGGGCUAUGUCUGCGACGACAAAUUCGGCUUGCGGGACGCCGAUGUGGUGUGCCGCGAACUGGGCUACAAAUUGGGCGCCCAAGAGGUGCGUGGCAGCUCCUUUUAUGCACCGGAAGAUCAGAACUUCAACUAUGCCAUGGACGAGGUGGAGUGCCAUGGCAACGAGACAAUGCUCAAGGAUUGUGACUUCAAGGGCUGGGGCGUACACAACUGCGGCGUCGAUGAGGUGGCCGGCGUGGCCUGCAAAGUGCCCAUGAUGAAGUGUCCUAACAACUAUUGGCUCUGUCAGACAUCCAAGGAGUGCAUACCGCCUGCCUUCGUUUGCGAUCACACAGCGGACUGUGCGGAUAAGUCGGAUGAAAGUGCGGCCAUUUGUCAGGCUCCUGUAGAGUUUCGUUUGGAGGGUGGACGCAGCUCCAAUGAGGGCCGAUUGGAGGUCAAAUAUCAUGGCGUAUGGGGCAGCGUGUGCGAUGAUGACUUCAAUCUGAAGGCCGCCCAAGUGGCAUGCAAUUCCUUGGGCUACUAUGGACCAGCGAAACUUGAAAAUAAAAUCUUUGGCCAUGGCAACGGACCCAUUUGGCUGGAUCAGGUCAUGUGCCUGGGCAAUGAGAUCAGCAUCGACAAGUGCAGCCACUGGAACUGGGGCGAUCACAACUGCAAUCAUACCGAGGAUGUGGCGCUGCAUUGCUCGGCGGGACCGCCGCCGCGUUCAGCCAGUCGCCUCAAGGCGUUGAAGCAGGCGGGAGUUGAGAAGAGCGCUGCCCUGACCUACUCCGACAUUGGACUGUGGGAGCGUUCCAGUCGCGCCAUGCGCUCGCCUCGUCGCUGUGGCAUCUUCAAGGACGAUCUGUCGGAUGAGUAUGCCCACAGCGGGGAGCGUGUGAUCAAGGGCAAGACAGCGCGUCGCGGUCGUCAUCCCUGGCAGGCUACCAUUCGUACACGCGGACGUGGCGGCAUCUCCAGCCACUGGUGCGGCGCUGUGGUGAUCUCCAAGCGUCAUCUACUCACCGCCGCUCAUUGUCUCUAUGGCAAUGCGAAGGAUGCGUACUUUGUGCGCGUGGGAGAUCAUUAUGCCAACAUUGCCGAGUCCUCCGAGGUGGACACCUUCAUUGAGAAGUGGUACACGCACGAGAAGUUCCGCGACGGCACUCACAUGAACAAUGACAUCGCUGUGGUGGUGCUCAAGCGUCCGCUCAAAUUCAGCGAUUAUGUGCAGCCCAUCUGUCUGCCGGACAAGAAUGCGGUGCUCCAAGCGAAUCGAAAUUGCACCAUUUCCGGCUGGGGUUCCAUCAAAUCGGGUGUGUCCACUCCCGCUCAGGUGCUGAGAUCUGCGGAGUUGCCCAUUCUGCCGGAUGCCACCUGCAAGCAAUCGAAAGUCUAUGGCUCAGCCAUGUCCGAAGGCAUGUUCUGUGCUGGUUCCAUGGAUGAGAGCGUAGAUGCCUGCGAGGGCGACUCUGGCGGUCCGCUUGUUUGCUCUGAUGAUGAUGGUGAAACCCUGUAUGGCUUGAUAUCUUGGGGACAGCACUGUGGCUACAUGAACCGACCGGGUGUCUAUGUGCGCGUGAAUCAUUACAUCGAUUGGAUCUACGAGAAGAUCAAUGAGAGCUUGUUGCGCUUCUAAGGGGAA